UGAUAAUAAUAAUAAUUAUAAUGAUAAUUAUAAUGAAAUGCUUGUAGUUGGAGGUUUAACUAACGGGCAUAUUGGAUCUAUGAUCCAACCCCUGGAACUCACCAAGAACCAGAGAAGAAAGAAAAGAAGAAAGGAAGGAAGGAUUACCUCGGAACAUUUAAAGAAUGUCGAAGAGGAAAUGGAAUCUGAGGAUGAUGUGUACAUGACCUUUAGUGGAAGAAAGGGAGAACAGCUGAUUUUGUGUACUGUACAGGGAGAACAGCUGAUUUUAUCUACUGUGCAGGGAGAACAGCUGAUAACUGAGAACCUAAAAAGAUCAAAUAGCUGGGGACAGUCUUGUGAUGAAAUUAAUCAGUUAAACCAGAAGAAGUCUCGUGCAGAGGAGGAGGAGGAAGAGGAGGAGGAAGAUGAUGGUUAUGCAGAGGAAUUCUCAAAAUCUAAAGUCUGGGAGAAGCAUGUCAGUGACGUGAUCAAGUCUACUAGGUUUCUAGUCAGUCAAGUUGCUGGGGAGACGGAGAGACGGGACAAUAGAUUCUGUAAAAGUAGAUCAACAUCAAGUGUGCAUGAUGUUGAUACAGAUCUGGAAUCAGAAACAAGGUUGGCUGGGUUGACCCCUACAGCUGUUGCUCGGAAAAUACAACGCAGCAAAUCUACUUCGCCGUCCAGACAGGCAAGUCAGAUGAAAAGACAGAAAGUUCUUUUUAAAAACUUUCGUCCUGAAGAAGCCGACUGGUUGCAAUAGAGGCAAAAUAUACCGCGGCAAGAGUGCGCACGAUCAUCAAGAAGAAAAUCCACGAGCUUAAACAAUAAAAUGACGGGAAACUGUGUUUUAAAUGACCAAAAUAUCUUGUUUAUAAUUCAAUGCAUUAGUUUUCGAAAUCCAACGAGUUUUCCUGAAGAAACUCGUUUAACAGUGCAAAGAUUGUCGUUUUCGUUCUUUAAAUUUAAAUAUUUUUGAUUUGGAACAGAACUAGCUUAAACUUGCUAUCCAAUGUGAGCACUUCUGAAUUUGAGAGGAGCACUUGAUUCCUGGAUUACAGUUGUUUCUGUGAGGUAUCGGAGAGAAAUCAGAUUAGUCCGUUGGUCUGCUUGAGCUGGAGAUCAAUGUUUGAUCCCGAGAUUAACAUAAAAGUUUUGACUUCAGGGCAUAUUUUCAGAGCUUACAAAAUUUAUUAAUGUGAUGAUUCUAAUAAAAAGACUGUAAACGACAAUCAUUUUCCUGUUAAAUUGUUAUCAAUGAUACUAGUUUGUUUUUAAUUAAUUAGUUAUUUAAAUGGAAACAUCCGAAUUUAUGCAUUUUUGCAAAAAUUUAACUGACACCGAUAUAGAUAUUUGUUAAGCGGUUGUUUUUGUAAAUUAACUUUUUAGACUUUUUUUUCAUUUAAAUAACAUUGCUCCAUUAUAUUAAUGUAGGCUUUCUAAGAAAGUAUGUUACUUGACUCCCACAAAAACAAAGGGAAUCUAAGAGUAAAUAGAUAUUGUAAAAAUGAUGUUACCAUAUUCUUAAAAAAUAUUUUGGUUUCUACAUUUGGAUACAAAUGUUUCACUGCAAGUCUGUCUUAAUUCUUUUCGAAAAAGAUAUUUUUGUGUAAAUAAGAAGUAUAUUCAAUACCAAAUUGUAAUAAUCUGUGAUAAUUCACUGAUACUUUGUAUUUUUAUUAUAUGUACUGUAAUGAUAUCAAUACAAUUGCUUAAUUAACUACGCUAACUUUUGGGGAUCUAAAUACAUGUCAUUCUCAUUUCUCAA